GACACAGAUGUUGUGAAGACUUUAAUAGACUCUUGAACUGAGGGUUUCUGUCUUGAGUCUUCUGACUUCUCAGUUCUCACUUCUGUUUACAUCUAGAGAAUGUUAGAGUGAUAACCAAAAGCAGACUUUUUCUUGACGAUUGUCAAAUUGUUGUGAAAUUUUUUGCAGUCUUAAUUUUUACCAAAUUUCGUAACAUUUGAAUUUAGGACGUUGUUAGAAUUGUUUUGUCGUUAAAUGUAUAUUCAGUAAAAUGGUAUUUUUUUUUACAAGUAACGUGGUAUCGCCACACGUUACUCUGUUUAUGGGUGCCGACAAACAUGAAAAUGAAGACUUGAUUAAAUGGGGUUGGCCUGAAGAUGUUUGGUUUCAUGUUGACAAAGUCUCUUCAGCUCACGUGUAUCUCAGGUUAUCGGCUGGUCAAACUAUAGAUGAUAUCCCCAAUUCUGUACUAGAUGAUGCGUGUCAACUAGUUAAGGCUAACUCCAUUAUGGGCAAUAAAAUGAAUGACAUAGAUAUAGUGUACACAAUGUGGUCAAAUUUGAAGAAAACCCCUAGCAUGGAGGUAGGCCAAGUUGCAUUUCACAAAGAAAGAGAUGUAAGAAAAGUUAGAGUUGCUAAAAGAUGUAAUGAUAUAAUUAAUAGACUUAACAAAACUAAGAAAGAAGCGUUUCCUGACCUUAGACAAGAAAGAGAAUCAAGAGAUAGAUCAGAGAGAGAAGACAAAAAGAAAGUUUUGAGAGAAAAGAAAGAAAAGGAAAAAGAAGAAGAAAAGCGGAAGAAAGAUGAAGCAGAACUCAAAAGUUACUCUACUUUAAUGAAACCUGAAAAUAUGACAACAAAUUAUGAUGGCAAUGAUUCUGAUGACUUUAUGUAGUCAAUUUACUUCAUUUCUUGGUUUUUGAUUUUAUUAUUAAUAUAUAUAUAAUAAAUUAUUGCUUACUAAAA